AUGGGCAGCCCCGUUGUCGUAGUGCCGCCUGUACGCCCUACGGCACUGCUGGCCCAUGUGCUGGCACAUUGUGCCCAUCCGACGACAUUGAUCGUGUGCUCGUCCAGCACCGACUUUGUGCGUCGCUGUGUGGAUGAUGCUUGCAAAGAAGACGACGGCGACGGCGGCGGCGACGGCGUCUUGCACACGGCAUCUCUGCUGCAGGUUGCUGUUGCCCGCCACAUCCGCGUCGCCUUUGUGCCGACCGUCGCCCACCUGCGUGGCUUCUUGGCCGCCCUCGACCUGGCAGCGAGCCGCGUGACGGCACCACCGGCAGCCGACACUCUCGUGUCCUCCGGUGGUGCGCCCCCGCCGGCCCGUCGUGGCGACCACGCUCUGGUGGUUGCGUCGGCGGCCGUGCUGGUGGAGGCAGGAUGGCGGACGGGGCUGGAUGUGUUGGUCGUGGACGGGGGCCGACCGCAGAUGGAAGGCACCGAGACCACAGGGAGCACAGACGUCUGGGACGAAAAGAUGCCCGUGUUGAGCACGGGUCCCCGCCGACAGCUGCAAAAGGCGGGCUAUCCGCUUCGGACGGAACGAGUCAAAGCUGUCCUGGCGCGAUGGUUUGCCUUUCGGGAGUCUGUCAAAGAGGAGGAAGUGGAAGUGCACAGUGAGGAGACGGAGGAGAAGGUUGAAAAGGUGCGGAAGGCGGAGAAGUUUGAGACGGCUGCCACCGACGAUGCUCUAACUGGACCUGUUGAGGUUGAACGCAUGAAAGCGACGGAUGAGGCCAACGAGGACCCAGUCACUUUUGUGGAAGAAGCAGUACAGGCAGAUGCAGAAGGCACAGGUGACGGUUCCCUUGUGGAAGAGACUAUCCAGGUUGUUGAAGAAAAGCCACAGAAAACCUUUGUCAGAGACAGUGAAGACGAAGAUGACCUGUCCGACGAGGCCAUGGACACCUAG